UAUCGAAGUUGAAUGCCAAGAGUGAUGCUGAAGAAGAACGCGAAAGAGCUAAGAAGGAAGAAGAUGAGCGAAAGGCGAGGGAGAAGGAAGAAGAGAGCCGGAGGGCAAAAGAAAAAAGCGAACGAGAAGAGUUUCAGAGGAAGUUAGGUGAAGAGAUGAACACAAAAAUUGACAGGAUCUAUGAGACGAUGAAUGUGAAGAAGAAGCAAGGCGAGCCAGAUGAAACGGAGCGACUGAAGGCGGAAAUUGAGAAGCUGCGGCUGAUGAUGAUGAAUCAGGGGACGGUCGUGGGACCCCCAGCUACAGUUGAAACCACUGUGAGGCGCCUGUCGGAAGAGGAGAGGUUGCGAAGAAGUAAGGAAGAUGCCGACAAAAGGAUAGCGUCCUUGGAAGAGGAAGUUUCUCUACUGCGACGACUGAAUGACAACGCUACCAGGGAGGCUGAAGUUUGGAGACAAGAAGCUCAUAGACCAGGCAACAAGGGGGGGAGUAUCGCAAUUGAAGAAACUCCUGCUACUCAUUCGAGGAUCAGGCCUCGGUGUACGCUUGUCAAAAGUCAAACCUCAGCUCGGAUAACGAUGGCAGAAGCGCACGCUAGAGAGGUGCAGGCGCUGAAGGAACUACGUGGCAAGGACCUCAAUGACAAGAGGGUGGCGGAACAAGAAGUCGAAAUGUUGAAGGAAAAGUUGGCACAACUGGAAAUGGAGAGACAACAACAGCUGAUCAACGGAACCAAUCUAAAAAGCAAAUUGGAUGAGGCGGUUGGACUAUCGGCAAGGGCAACUCCGGGAAGCAAACAAGGAACAGUGUCGGCAGCCAAAGCAACCAAGAUAGUCGACAAGGAUGGCUUCAUUGCAGAUUGCGGAAAACAAUUGAAAGGCAUGAAGAAGGAAGGGGUAAUGGCUAUAUGUAUGCAGGAAGGUGUGACCUACUCGACAUUAGAGAAGACCAAAGAGGAUAUUGUCACACGCAGAGUGGCCAAGGCAUUUGGCAAACAACAGGUGAGUGUUCCUACGGAUGCUAUUAUCAUUGAGGAGACCUCGGAAGAUACUCGAACUAGUAGUGCUGAUCUUGCGCAAGCCAACGGUGAUGAGGAGGUGUCUUAGGGUUUGACUCGAGCGUAGCUUACCUAUGGCAGCUGGCCAGAAGCUGUGCAACGAAAUGAUCUCUCUCCUGUGAUCUGCUCCGUAGUAAGCUAUUUAAUC